AUACCUCAGCGCGAGAUGCGGCAAUGGGCUGUAGGCUAGGUGGUGGUGAAUUACCUUGCUGCUGAUUUGGAGAGGAAGCUAAUACUCUUGCUUCUUAUUCUACUAGUUGAGCCUGAAUUUCGCUUUGCCAAACUUCAGAUUCUAUAACCUCAUUUUCAUUCUCGCUUAUUUGUAAAAAAACCUCCUCAUCAGUUGCUCGCAAAACUUUUAAUUUGUCCCGUAAAGCAAUGCAUAAACGUUCGAUUUGGGUUUAGGGGGGUUCAGAUUUGCAACAAAAGUUUCUGCUUCUGAAAUUAGCUUUCUAGUAUAAGCACGAUAACCAUCCCUUAUAUUUUUCUUUCUCGAAGGUACAGGGUCUGACUGGCCUGUGGGGGGCACGGUACUACUAUCACCCUUUUGAGACAUCCCAGUUCAAAUAAAAAAAUAUAAGUAAUAAGAAAUACUCAUUAAAUUCAAGAAAGAAAAUAUUCAAGAAACAACACUUCGGCUCGGUGGACCAUGUAACUUAACCUGCAUAGGUUCAAAAUUGAGCCAAAGGGCUGGCAGGCUAGAUAUAACCCAAAAGGGUUCGCAAUUGAUUCAAGAGAUUCAUAAUUCCACCAUAAACGAUUAGAGGACUGUAUAAUUUUCAAAUAAGAAAAUCUCAAAGAAUAAAAUACAAAUAAACUAUCAAUUCAGAAACUUUGAGCCGAACUUCGAUAUCUUCAGAGUAGGUUCGUAGUUAUCACAAAAUUAGGAAUAAGUCAAGAAUUAAGCUGAAAGUUCAUCACCUGGAAGUCUUCGAUUCUAUUCACGUUCUUUCGUCUUUCGAUAGUUGAUUUAAUCCAUAAAUAACACGAGUUAAUCCAUUACAAGUUCGAUAUUCCUCAGUUCUUUCGAUAAUCCAAAUACAAGUUCAAUAUAUUCCAGCUUCUAUUUUUUCGGUACCAAUAAUUUUUCUGGCAAUUCUUUAUAUCUUAAUUUACUUCCAUUCACUAAAUUCAGGCAAAUUAGAUCCACUGUUGCAAACAGAUGUGCGUGUUACAAUUUUAUUUUUGUGUGACGUUAAGUCGCCUUCACCUUCUGUUUUUAAAAGCAGCAGAUCGAUUGCAGAAUGCUUGAUAACUCUCCAGAGUCAAAAACGGACAUUGCUAGAUUGUCAAAAUACUUAAUGUCGUUCAAAGCAAUGAUUUUGAUUACAAAGGAUUUAAAUCUUUGAAGCAAGUUGACAUUAGAAUAAAAAUAUUGUAGCUUAGACAAACAAAAAUCAAUGCUGAGUAGCAAAACCUAGAACCUAUUAGAUGAAAUAUAACUUUCCCAAAAAUAUCGAAGACCAAGAGAAAUUAUCAAAAUUUAUCUCUAUCUGAGAGUUAAAUCCUGCAAGGUUGCAUGCGCCUAGCAACCAAUUAUUGUUAAUGCAUAAUUUUGUUUUGUUAUGUUACUAACUAAUUAUACUAAUGUUACCAAAAUGGAGAGUUCAUAUUAUUCACAGAGGGGUUAUUACACAAUUAACUACGUUUCAUGUAUUAUGUUUUUUGCGUCAGUAGUUACGAGUAGAGUUGAACUAACACGAGUGUAAAUUGAUUGCCAGAAAAAAUGUUUGAGAUAAAAUUUGACUUCUUCUUUGUCGUUGCCCAACAGUGUAACCAGCGGAGUGUUGGGUUAUGAAGUUCCCAAUAAUUACUUAUAAAUUCUUUAAUUGAGUUAUUAUUUAUGGGCUCUAUUUCCAUGGGCCCCCGGGUCAGUGACCCCUCUGACCCCCCCUCUCCUCAGCACUGCAACACAAAGGCAGUACGUCGCGCCGUUCAUUGGUUUAUUGAAACAAAGAGCAAAAUUGCAUCACGGUGCGUAGGUGGGAUGAUUUCCGACCUUAUUUCUGCAUCGUAAAGGGUUUGGUUGGAUUCUUGCCCCGCCAGUAUCUCUUCAUCGUAUCAAGUGUGCGCCAAAGGCAGGUUAAAAUUGAGCCAUGAAGAUACAAACCCUGCUUCUCUUGCUCGUCGUUGUUGCAGGAAAUUCUUUGCCGUCGAGAAAAGAAGAUGGCAUAGAUGAUGCAAGAUGGAGAUCCGGAGAAGAAACAGAGGACCCUGUUUUGCCGUCCAGAAAGGAAGAUGACGUAGAUGAUGCAAUAUGGUAUUUAAGGGGCGUAGCAAAGGACCCUGUUUUGCCGUCCAGAAAGGAAGAUGACGUAGAUGAUGCAAUAUGGUAUUUAAGGGGCGUAGCAAAGGACCCUGUUUUGCCGUCCAGAAAGGAAGAUGGCGUAGAUGAUGCAAGAUUGGGAUACGAGGACGAAGCAAAGGACCCUGUUUUGCCGUCCAGAAAGGAAGAUGACGUAGAUGAUGCAAUAUGGUAUUUAAGGGGCGUAGCAAAGGACCCUGUUUUGCCGUCCAGAAAGGAAGAUGGCGUAGAUGAUGCAAGAUGGGGAUACGAGGACGAAGCAAAGGACCCUGUUUUGCCGUCCAGAAAGGAAGAUGGCGUAGAUGAUGCAAGAUGGGGUUACGAGGACGAAGCAUAGGACCCUGAUUUGGAGCAGAGGAAAUUGUUUUGAUGGGUCAACGGCGGAGUAAAUUACGAGACGUUUUGCAGAUUUCUGCUAAAAAUGUUCUGAUUUUUUCAUUAAAUGUAAUGCUGUGCUUUUCAUGUCUUUUGCUUGAAUAAAUGUAUUCUUUGAAUUAAUUUUAAAAUGUUGUUUUUUUUCUUAAUUCUUUUUACAUGCAUAGCAGGCAUCCAAAAAUCGUUUUAUGUUGUCAAUGUAUCUUAUCAUAAUCUUAUUUAGAAAAUUUCAGAUAGAAGCGAGAGCUAGCCAAAGGGGGGUGGGAGGGGGGUCAUUUCCGAUAUGAAGGAGGGCUAGCUCAGAUAACUUGUCUAUCAAAAAGAGAUGGUGUCAGAGGUGGUGCCAGCCCCCGAAAAUUAGGAAGGACAGGGAAUCUAGUGGAACGGACGAUUGUUUUUUUGCGUGACAACGCACUUUUUAGAAAUAAAAUCACUCAUUUCAACAAAAGGCAGUGUAAGAGACCACAAGUAAACCACGUUGAUCGCAACAACCCUGAAUCGUAAAACCGUAAAAUGCUGAAUCGAUGAAAGUUUAUAGAAAGUACGUAGAAAAAUUUCAGAAAGAAAAGGUUUUACAAAGGAAGUUUACGAUGAUUAGCAAGUUUAAAAAGUCCUGCUUAUUUUUCAAGUUCAAUUUUGACUGCAACAUCUCGCUAAUGUUCUAUACGAGAUCUUCAAGUCAACAUUGCUACAUAGUUAUCUAUAAUUUUCAAGAUAAAGACACAGGAAGGGUUACCACUUUUCUUAUGACCUGAAGCAAUAAAGGAUACAAAUUAUGUUAAUCAUUACUAUCAUUACAAUUCUUCACGCAAUAAAGGCAAGUAGACCCGACCUUUAAUACCGACCUUAAAGUAAUGCUGGAGGUUUAUAAUUGUAAAAGCAAAGAAAACCCAUCUUUCAUAUUGGACAUGUUCCAUAAAAAGAGUAGUCAAUAUGAUUUACGAUUAAAGAGCCUGCUAAUAUUGCCUCAAGCUAACACUAUUAGGUAUGGAAAUGAUAGUAUUGCCUUUUGUGGCAGCAUCUUAUGGAACGACCUUCAAAAUGACAUUAAAAGCAUGAGUCUGGUACCCAGGGUAGACCUCCGUUUGCCCUUAUAAGAAACGCAUAAAAAGUUGGAGUGGAGAGGAUUGCAUUGAGAAAAAACUUGUGAUGUAUGCCAAUGGGCCUUGUAAAAAGUAAACAGGAACCUCAUUUUACAAGGAAUGACAUGUCUAAAGGACGGAUAAUUUUUUCCGCAAAUUAUAUCGAAAUAUGCUCAACAUGAAAAAAGCUGAAAAUGUUAUCUCUGGGUACAGAAGCAACUCUACCAAAACCAUUAUUUGAACCCUAUCCUAGCCCCUUAAGAGGCAUAAAUGCAUUCUAUAUCCACAAUAUUACUACUUUUUAUUUUUGUUUUGAUUUUUAUCGAAACAAGCCACUUCAAUCGGAUAAUAAUAAAUGGUUUUUGAUAGCCAGCACCGUUUCCAUGCUGUAUGUUUUGAGGCAUGCGCAGUUCUCAGCUCCAGAGCUUAACUUGGAGUGGCUUAACUAUAUCAGGAUUCAGUACCCAAAGGGUCAUCGUUAGUCACCAGUUUGAGCCAAUUAAUCACCAGCAUUCUUUUAUCGCCAGUUUGAAAAAUUCUGUGUUAUUUUGGUCGAUAGCAGCUGGACUAUUUCUUGGCCGGAGUAGUCCAGAGGUACAAGGAGGGAGCAUUGCCACCCGAAGAGGAACUUUACCAGAGCAACCUUUUCUAAACCAUGUUGAUCGGGCGGGAAAGGACGCUUAUCCAAGAUACCGGGGGCUUUGUCCUAAAAUUGUGAUGGAGCCUGUGAAUUAGUUAACAGUGGCAACCCAACGAGGAACUUUAUCAAAAUCAACUUUUCCAGAUAAAUUCUUGUUGUAGAAUUAAAAACUAAAUGUUUCUCUAAUGUUUCUGAUAGACAGGCCCCAUGUAUUAAUUUACGAAGAAUUUGCUCUCCCCCCGUCGCUAAUUAGUAUCCCCCUUCUAUUCAAUUUUACAAAUCUGUCAUGACCAGAACACGCCAUCUUCACUUGACAAUAUUUCUCCUUGUUAUGAUAUGUAGUUAUUUUUUAAUUUUCAAUUCCCCUUGUUGUAUUUGUCUAUCUUUAUCUCCAACCAUCUAUCCAUUAUCAAGUAACCAGUGUCACCAACUACUAAUUCUACUGCCUUUUAACUAAAAGAUUUACCAACAUCCACUACUUCUAUUUGCUAUUGAAAUUUGCUGACAUUUUUUGAAAAUUGACCUACCUGAACACCCUUCUCUAUUAGCAACCCCCUUCUAUUGAAAACUGGUCGACAUGAACACCCCCUUUUAUUACCUCCCCCUUCUAUUAGAGACACUAGAGUAAUCUGAUGGGAGAGGAGGCUUUCUGGGGAUUCUGGGGGGCUUUGUCUAAAAACUGAGAUGAAUACUCUGAAUGUCUUAAGAAUAAAUCAAGUUGUUUUCAUUUUCAAUUUUUAGUAGGUAUAUCAUCAUCUCCAGUGGACCUACAGUAAGUAGCACUGCUGUCAGCACUGGAGCAAUCGACUUAGGGAAAUUGAUGAAACGUAGGAUCAUUUGGUUUGGGAAAAGGAAUGGGUUAAUCAGCUUGAUCUGUGAUUUAAACACACAUUAGCUUAUAUUGCACAGGUUAUAAAUUCAAUAUCAUAAACUGCCAUGUGUUUAAAAUUCUUGAUAAUCUGAACUGUCACUGAAUUGUUCAGUGUCUCCAUAUCAUCUUUAUCAUCUAAAUUCACUGAUCAAGUCAAUUGCUUCGAAGUACAAUAAUGGAAUAAUGUUAUUAACUCCUAUACAAAAACAAAAAGUGUUUGCUCAGUCAAGUAUAAAAGGAGGGUGAAAAAGAAGGGCCGAUAGAUCAUGCGAAAUGCUAUUUGUAUGGGUCCUCUUUGAAAAGGAAAGAAAGCUGGUAUUGAAUGACUAAACAAUACCUGGUACAGAAAUGCGUCAUAGUGCGUAGGUAGGAUGAUUUCCGACCUUAUUUCUGCAUUGUAAAGGGUUGGGUUUGAUUCUUGCCUCGCCAGUAUCUCUUCAUCGUAUCAAGUGUGCGCCAAAGGCAGGUCAAAAUUGAGCCAUGAAGAUACAAAUCCUGCUUCUCUUGCUCGCCGUUGUUGCAGGAAAUUCUUUGCCGUCCACAAAUGAAGAUGUUGUGGAUGAUGCAAGAUGGCCUUACAGAGACGAAGCAGAGGACCCUGAGGAACAGUCUAAUUCUGAAGUGAAAGAUUUUGAAGAAGAUGUGAUGGAUGACAAUGAGGUAGACGGUUACAGUUCUGCAGAAAACG